AUGACUCCUCCGACAAAUGGCAGUGCCGCUAGUGGCACUCGGACAGUGCCCGUCACCAACGGCAAGGCCACAUACGCCGAGAAACACAGGCUACCUGAACACUUCAUUGGUGGCAACAAAUUAGAAAACGCCCCUCCGUCAAAAGUGAAAGAUUUCGUCGCUGCACAUGAUGGACAUACUGUAAUCUCAAACAUUCUAAUCGCCAACAACGGCAUUGCUGCUGUAAAGGAGAUCCGAUCUGUACGAAAAUGGGCGUACGAAACAUUUGGCGACGAGAGGGCCAUUCAGUUCACGGUUAUGGCAACGCCGGAAGAUCUUGCAGCCAACGCCGAUUAUAUCAGAAUGGCUGAUCACUACGUGGAAGUUCCUGGUGGCACAAAUAAUCACAACUACGCAAACGUUGAGCUGAUUGUGGAUGUUGCCGAGCGUAUGAACGUUCACGCUGUCUGGGCAGGAUGGGGACACGCCUCAGAAAACCCUAAACUCCCAGAGUCUUUGGCAGCAUCGCCCAAAAAGAUUGUCUUUAUCGGUCCUCCGGGAUCCGCCAUGCGCUCUCUUGGUGACAAGAUUUCUUCUACAAUCGUCGCACAACACGCCCAAGUGCCUUGUAUCCCGUGGUCAGGAACGGGCGUUGACUCUGUCGUAGUAGACGACCAGGGUAUUGUCACGGUUGCUGAUGAAGUAUACAUGAAGGGAUGUGUCGGUUCUUGGGAAGAGGGCCUGGAGAAGGCUAAAGAAAUCGGCUUCCCAGUAAUGAUCAAGGCCUCCGAAGGUGGCGGUGGUAAAGGUAUUCGAAAAGCCUUGUCCGAAGAAGGAUUCGAGCAAUUAUACAAUGCCGCUGCGAACGAAAUUCCUGGCUCCCCUAUCUUCAUCAUGAAGUUAGCAGGCAACGCACGACACUUGGAGGUGCAAUUGCUGGCUGACCAGUAUGGUAACAAUAUCUCGCUCUUUGGCAGAGAUUGUUCCGUACAGCGAAGACACCAGAAGAUUAUCGAGGAGGCACCUGUCACGAUCGCCAAGUCGCCCACGUUCAAGGGCAUGGAAGACGCCGCCGUGCGACUUGGUCGCUUAGUCGGUUACGUCUCUGCCGGAACGGUUGAAUAUCUUUACUCGCACGAGGACGACAAAUUCUACUUCUUGGAGUUGAACCCUCGUCUACAAGUGGAGCAUCCUACUACGGAAAUGGUGAGCGGUGUAAACUUGCCAGUCGCUCAAUUGCAAGUCGCUAUGGGUAUUCCUCUGCACCGAAUUAGCGACAUUCGGUUGCUUUAUGGCGUUGACCCUAAACUUGCCACUGAGAUCGAUUUUGAAUUCAAGGCGCCGGGAAGUGAGAAGACCCAGCGACGACCACAACCUCGUGGCCACUGUACCGCCUGCAGAAUCACGUCUGAAGAUCCUGGCGAGGGAUUUAAGCCUUCAAAUGGUGUGAUGCACGACCUCAACUUCAGAAGUAGUGCGAACGUUUGGGGUUAUUUCUCCGUUAGUACGGCGUCCAGUAUUCACAGUUUCUCUGAUAGCCAGUUCGGUCACAUUUUCGCUUACGGCGAGAACCGAGCUGCUUCGCGGAAGAACAUGGUGGUUGCUUUGAAGGAGUUGAGCAUUCGUGGUGACUUUAGGACGACUGUCGAAUAUCUCAUUAAACUUCUUGAAACAGAAGCAUUCGAAGAUAACACCAUCACGACCGGCUGGCUUGAUGAACUCAUUUCAAACAAGCUGACUGCUGAGCGACCGGAUCCCAUGCUGGCCGUCGUCUGUGGAGCAACCACUAAGGCUCACAUUGCUAGCGAGGCUGUUAUCGCAGAGUACCGGUCUGGCCUGGAGAGAGGUCAAGUGCCCUCCAAGGACAUCCUGAAAACGGUGUUUCCGAUCGACUUCAUUUAUGAGGGCCAUCGGUACAAAUUCACUGCAACUCGUGCAGCCGUUGACAGCUACCAUCUCUUCAUUAACGGUUCCAAAUGUUCGGUCGGCGUCCGUGCUCUUAGCGAUGGUGGUCUACUUAUUCUUCUCGAUGGACGUAGCCACAGCGUCUACUGGAAGGAAGAGGUUGGCGCCACUCGUAUCUCCGUUGACAGCAAGACAUGUUUGCUUGAACAAGAGAACGACCCUACCCAGCUGCGCUCGCCCAGCCCCGGUAAGCUUGUGAAGUACAACGUAGAAAACGGCGAACACGUCAAAGCUGGACAGACGUUUGCAGAGGUUGAGGUAAUGAAGAUGUUCAUGCCUUUAUUGGCCCAGGAAGAUGGUAUCGUGCAGUUGAUUAAGCAGCCUGGCGUCACCAUCGAAGCUGGUGAUAUCCUCGGUAUUCUUGCUCUCGACGACCCCUCCCGCGUCAAGCAAGCACAACCUUUCCUCGGGCAGCUCCCUGAAUUCGGACCGCCCCAGGUCACGGGUAGCAAGCCUGCACAGAGAUUUACUUUGACAUAUAACAUCCUCAAGAAUAUCUUAUCUGGUUACGACAACUCUGUUAUCAUGCAACAGACGCUCAAGGAGAUGAUCGAAGUGCUGCGGAGCCCCGAGCUUCCGUACAGCGAGUGGGCAUCUCACCAUGCUGCUCUCCACUCUAGGAUGCCGCACAAACUCGAUGUCCAAUUGACUCAAGUGGUCGAUCGGGCCAAGGCUCGCGCGGCAGAGUUUCCUGCUAAGGCCUUAUCGAGAACCUUCACGAAGUUCUUGGACGACAACACAACACCCAGUGAAGCCGACACGCUGCGAGCAACCAUUGCGCCCUUGGUCGAAAUUGUGGACAAUUAUACUGAUGGCCAGAAAGUACACGAGCUUAAUGUUAUCGCAGGCUUGCUUCAGACCUACGCUGACAUAGAGGCCCGUUUCUCGGGACGCCGAAGCCAGGAUGAAGAAGUAAUCCUAAAACUCCGUGAAGAGAACAGAGAGGACUACCUCAAAGUCAUCCAAGUAGUCCUUUCUCACAGCCGCGUCGGCUCAAAGAACCAUUUAAUCCUGGCAAUUCUGGACGAAUAUCGCCCAAACAAGCCUAACGUCGGCAAUAUCGGGAAGUACCUCAGACCAGUCCUACGGAAGCUGACGGAACUCGAGUCACGUCAGACUGCUAAGGUUUCUCUGAAAGCUCGUGAAAUUCUGAUCCAAUGCGCGUUGCCCUCGCUGGAAGAGCGAACUGCCCAGAUGGAACACAUUCUACGCUCUUCUGUGGUUGAAAAUAAGUAUGGUGAGACGGGUUGGGAUCACAGAGAGCCAAACCUCGAUAUCAUCAAGGAGGUUGUCGAUUCCAAAUACACAGUCUUCGACGUGUUGGCAUCGUUCUUCGCCCACGAAGACCCCUGGGUCAAUGCUGCUGCUCUUGAAGUGUACGUCCGCCGAGCCUACCGUGCGUACAACUUCAAACACUUGGAAUAUCAUGAUGACGAGACCGACUCAGUCCCUCUCUUCCUCUCUUGGGAUUUCUCCUUCCGCAAGGUUGGACAGACCGAAUUUUCGCUCCCUGUCUCCUCUGCCAAUCCCUCCGUACCUGGCACUCCUACUACUGAAGCUCCCUCUUUCAACCGGAUUAGCUCUGUUAGUGACAUGUCUUAUCUGAAGCACCGUACUGAGGAGGAGCCCACCCGUAAGGGUGUUGUUGUGCCUUGCAGAUACUUGGAUGAUGCCGAUGAGAUGCUCCAGAAGGCUCUCGAAGUAAUACCGACCAAGAAGCGUCCUGUGCUUAUCCCUGAUCUCACUGGCAAGCGCAAAUCAUUUGCUCAGAAGCCCAUCGACGAGGAGCUAACCAACGUUAUUAACGUUGCUGUUCGGGAUGUCGAGUCUUACGACGACCAAGACAUUCUGAGCCGUAUUCAUUCUAUAAUCGACUCCAUGAAGUAUGAGUUGAUGAAUCAUCGGGUCCGUCGCGUAACGUUUGUCUGCGGCCACAAUGAUGGUUCCUACCCAGGCUAUUACACCUUCCGUGCUCCCGAGUUCAUUGAAGAUGACAGCAUUCGUCACGUCGAGCCUGCCUUGGCUUUCCAAUUAGAACUCGCGCGCCUCGCCAAAUUCAAGAUCUCCCCUGUGUUCACCGAGAACAAGAACAUCCACGUUUACGAAGGUAUCGGCAAGGGUGUUGAUACUGACAAGAGAUACUUCACUCGUGCUGUUAUUCGCCCUGGUCGCCUCCGGGAUGACAUCCCCACCACGGAAUACCUCGUCUCCGAAACUGACCGAGUGAUCAACGAUAUUUUCGAUGCCCUAGAGAUUAUCGGAAACAACAACUCGGACUUGAACCACAUGUUCUUAAACUUCACCCCGGUCUUCCAGCUGAAACCCGAGGAAGUUGAACAGUCCCUACAGGGCUUCCUCGACAGGUUUGGUCCCCGCGGCUGGCGUCUUCGUGUCUCCCAAGUCGAGAUCCGUAUCAUCUGCACAGAUGCGACUACGGGUAUGCCUUAUCCCCUCCGUGUCAUUAUCACGAACACCUCUGGAUAUGUCAUCCAGGUUGAAAUCUACGCCGAGAGGAAGUCUGAAAAGGGUGAAAUGGUCUUCUACUCUAUUGGCGGUACUACAAAGAUUGGAUCAAUGCACCUACUACCCGUCUGUUCACCAUACCCCACAAAGAACUGGCUACAGCCCAAGCGUUACAAGGCGCACUUGAUGGGUACCCAAUACGUGUACGAUUUCCCCGAGCUUUUCCGACAGGCUGUUGAAAACACCUGGACGAAGACUGCCAAGACUUUACCGUCUUUGGCCGUCAAGAAGCCUGCCCAGGGUGAAUGUAUCGACUACAGCGAACUUGUUCUCGAUGACCGCGAUAGGUUGAUCGAGGUUUCUCGUGAACCUGGUACCAACACAUGUGGUAUGGUUGGUUGGGUCAUUAAUGCUCGCACCCCCGAGUACCCCGGUGGACGAAAGUUCGUCGUCGUCGCCAACGAUAUCACCUACAAGAUCGGAUCAUUUGGUCCCAAGGAGGACCAUUUCUUCAACAAGUGUACGGAACUGGCUCGUAGCAUGGGUAUUCCUCGCAUUUACCUUUCAGCUAACUCUGGUGCCCGACUUGGCGUUGCCGACGAGUUGAUCCCGCAUUUCAAGGUUGCUUGGAAUGACCCGGAGAGGCAAGAGGCGGGCUUCAAGUACCUCUACCUAGAUGCCGAUGCUAAGAAGCGAUUCGAAGAUGGUUCUAGGCGCGACGUUAUCACCGAGGAAAUUACUGAAAAUGGCGAGACCCGCUACAAAAUUACCGCUGUUGUUGGUGCCGAGGAUGGCCUUGGUGUUGAAUGCUUACGGGGUUCUGGUCUCAUCGCCGGUGCUACCAGCCGUGCUUACAAUGACAUCUUCACUGUUACGCUCAUUACUUGUAGAUCCAUUGGUAUUGGUGCCUACCUGGUCCGCCUCGGCCAGCGUGCCGUCCAGAUUGAAGGCCAGCCUAUUAUUCUCACUGGUGCGCAGGCUCUUAACAACCUGCUUGGUCGCGAAGUAUACACUUCGAACCUGCAACUUGGUGGUACCCAGAUCAUGUACCGCAACGGUGUAUCGCACUUGACGGCCAAUGACGAUUUCGCCGGUGUCUCCAAGAUCGUUGAUUGGUUAUCCUUUGUUCCCGCCCAGCGUAACCUCCCUGUGCCUAUCCUGCCUAGCCUUGACCCCUGGGACCGAGAGGUCAUCUACACCCCGCCAAACAAGCAACCUCACGAUGUCAGGUGGCUCAUCGCCGGUAAGCAAGAUGAGGAUAGCUUCCAACCUGGUCUCUUCGACAAGGACUCUUUCGUUGAGACGCUUGGCGGUUGGGCCCGUACUGUAGUCGUGGGUCGUGCUCGCCUCGGCGGUAUUCCAAUGGGUGUUAUUGCCGUCGAGACUCGAACUGUGGAGAACAUCACGCCGGCCGACCCUGCGAACCCCGACUCCGUCGAGCAGGUCACCAACGAAGCCGGCGGUGUUUGGUACCCCAACUCCGCGUUUAAGACCGCCCAGGCCAUCAAUGACUUCAACUAUGGUGAGCAGCUUCCUUUGAUGAUCCUUGCCAACUGGCGUGGAUUCUCCGGUGGCCAGCGCGACAUGUACAACGAGGUCCUGAAGUACGGUUCGUACAUCGUCGACGCUCUUGUCAAAUUUGAACAGCCCAUCUUCGUAUACAUUCCUCCCUACGGUGAACUCCGAGGUGGCUCCUGGGUCGUGGUUGACCCGACAAUCAACCCCGUCGCUAUGGAAAUGUACGCCGACAUCGAGUCCCGUGCCGGUGUCUUAGAACCGGAGGGUAUCAUUGGUAUCAAGUACAAGAAAGAGAAGCAACUUGAGACCAUGGCUCGCUUAGACCCUACUUAUGCUGCGCUGAAGAAGCAGGCCGCCGAUACCAACCUCUCUAAGGAAGAGCAUUCCGUGGUCAAGGAGAGGAUGGCGGAGCGGGAGAGGCAACUAUUGCCUAUCUAUGCCCAGAUUAGCAUUCAGUUCGCUGACCUGCACGACCGGGCCGGCCGCAUGAAGGCCAAGGGCACUAUUCGCGAAGUCCUUGAGUGGAAGAACACCCGUCGGUUCUUCUACUGGCGUGUGCGCAGACGUCUCAACGAGGAACACAUCCUUAAGCGUAUGGCCGCUGCCUCGGCUUCUGGCAAGCAGUCCGACUCGAACAGCGCCGCGGCUACGGAGAGUCGCCAACAUCACCUCCGCCUACUCGCCGCUUGGUCCGGUAUCACCAACUUCGACCGCAGCGACAAAGAUGUUGUAACUUGGUAUGAGGAGAACGCGCAGACAAUCGAGACUAAGAUUCAACAGAUCAAGUCUGACGCGGUCUCGCGAGAGAUGGCCGAUCUUGUCAGGGCGAAUAAGUCUUCCGCUCUCAAGGGCCUCAAAGACAUGCUCCACAUGAUGCCUGUUGCGGAACGAGAGGAGAUCAUGAAAUACCUAAAGUAA